CAUAUUUUUUUGUAGACAAAACGCGAAUCUACAAUAUUGUAACAAUAUUUGAGAUCAGCAUUAGAUCUAGAUAUCUAGAUCUAGAUUCUAGAUCUAGUAUUGAUUAGGCUUAGGUCUAGAAGAUCUAGAAUCUGUAGGCUAAAUCAACAAACUAAAAUUCUAAUCUACAUUUAAAUCUAUGUAGAUAUUUUCUAGGGUUUACAUUACUUCCGAAAUGUCGACCGUGGAGCAUUUUGAUGUGUAAGCUAUCACAGUAAUUGUAGAUUAGUUUCCCACUCCCAUUAUUCAUUGCCAUAUUGUCCCAUUGUUGUUGGAUCAUGAGCAACAUUUACAUUCAGGAGCCACCUACUAAAGGAAAGGUUCUUCUUGUCACAUCUGUUGGAGAAAUAGAUAUUGAAUUAUGGUCAAAAGAAACUCCAAAAGCAUGCCGCAAUUUCGUGCAACUGUGUAUGGAAGGUUAUUACAAUGGCACAAUAUUUCACAGAGUAGUGAAAGAUUUUAUUGUCCAGGGAGGAGAUCCUACAGGGACUGGAACAGAUGGAGAGUCCAUUUAUGGAGCACCCUUUAAAGAUGAAUUCCAUUCAAGGCUGCGUUUUGUCAGAAGAGGUUUAGUUGCAAUGGCCAAUUCAGGACCAAAUGAUAAUGGAAGCCAAUUCUUCUUUACGAUGAAUCAAACUCCCGAGCUGCAAAAUAAACAUACAAUUUUUGGAAAAGUUACUGGCCCUACAUUAUUUAAUAUGCUUAAACUUCAAGAUGUAGAAGUUGAUGAUACUGAAAGACCAACAUUCCCACCAACUAUCAUUCGUACUGAGAUACUUUCUAAUCCUUUUGAUGACAUUGUACCGAGAAUGAUUAAAAGAAAUAAGAAAGAGAAAGAAGAAGACAAGAAAGUCAAGAGUCAAUCUAAAGCCACAAAAAAUUUCAGUUUGUUGUCAUUCGGAGAAGAGGCAGAGGAAGAUGAGGAGCAAACAUAUAAAGUUGUAAAGAAAUUCAGUGGUAAAAGUAAAAGCAGCCAUGAUUUAACAGAUGAUCCUCUAUUGAGCUCUGUUCCUGUAGUAGACAGCGAGAAGACAUCUUCAAAGAGGAAAUCACCGGUUGAGGAUGGUAUGCCUGUUGAAAGCACUGGAACUGAAGAAGUUAGAAAAAAAUUGAAAAAAGAUCCCUCUGAAGCAGCUCAAGUGAAAGAAACAGUGGAAUCACCAAACACAGAUGAUAAAAGAAAAAUUAGAAAUGAAGAAAUUAAGAAAGAAGCUCUUCGACUUCAAAGAGAAAUUAAAGCUUCAAAGAAAAGAGCAGAAACAAAAUCAAAAGAAGUCAAGACAGAGAAAGAUGAUGAAAAGUCUCACAAACCAGAAGAAAAAGACAAGGCACCUGACUUCCUUGAAUCUUUUAAAAUGGAACGCCAGCGUUUUAAAGAACAAAAGAAGAUGCUAAAGAAACCGGGUCAAAGUCGUGAAGAGCAAACUUUAGCACUGUUAGAGAAGUUUCAGUCCAAGUUGUCUUCUGUUAAGCAGCUCUCUGUUGGAUAUUCAGAUUCUGAAGGUGAAGAUGAUAAAGAAACAAAAAAAAUUAGUGAUGUUCCAGAAGAUGAUGCCGGUGAUCUAUCUUGGAUGAGGCAUAAACUCCAGUUUGAUGAUGGUGGUGGUAAAAAAGUACUAGAUGCCAAUGUAGCUGAUGCAGACAGAUAUGAAAUUCAUGACCCCAGAAACCCACUUACACAGAGAAGAAGAGAAGCUAGCAAAAAUAAAACUAAGAAGAAAUAAUUUCUUUUAGUAUUGCUAGAUUCAGUGGCGUAGCUAGCAAUGUGCGGGUGGUGCGGGCAGCACAGGGCAUCAAGUGGUGGUGGGGGGGCAUCAAACUGAGGACAAACUUUCUCAGUAGAACUACAAAUUUUAAUUACACAAAUAAAAACAAACACAUGUAUGUAUUUGUUUUGGUAAUUUGUAAUGUGCGGGUGGUGCGGGCCGCACAGGGCAUCAAGUGGUGGUGGGGGGGCAUCAAACUGAGGACAAACUUUCUCAGUAGAACUACAAAUUUUAAUUACACAAAUAAAAACAAACACAUGUAUGUAUUUGUUUUGGUAAUUUGUAAUGUCCUACAUUCUUAAAUGUAAGCUGUAGACCAGCUUGAAUCAAAUUUUACCAGACUUGUUAAAAUCCCUGAAGGCAACGCACUUUUACACUUUUUUUUGGAAGCAUUACAUGAUGUUACUUCAUUGUUCAAUGCAAUAGACACGUUUAUAAUGUUGUUUUUUUAUUACUAAUUAGUAAUGGUCCAAUCUCUUUUAUGGAAAAUGGGGGAGGGGGUAUCUGGGAGAAGGUUUUCCAACCGUUCAGCCAACACAACCCUGCUAGAGUCGGGAUUUGAACUCAAGCCCCCUUGUAAGAUGGCCAAGUCGUAGCCAAACAGUUUUAGCAUCUCAGCCACACAUCACUUGCUUGGAGGGAACUUGAAGUUUGUCUGUGACUAGGCAACAAUAAUGACAGCAAAGCUUAAGAUUUAAAUAAGCAAGAGGGAAAAAUGUGAAGAGAUUAUCUGUAGAGAAACUUGGACAUUGUGCGUUUUCUCUUAAAGCAGAGUCUGGCACUCUGUGGGCACGAACGAGUUGAAGAAGAAUUGGCAUUUGGCAGUACCAUGUCAAAGUAUUAUCCUGUAGUCAAAUUACUAUGAGAGGCCUACAUGUCCCAACAAAAUAAAAACGCAUUUUUUGUUAUAUAAAAACUAACGAAAACAAAAACAAAAUCAUACAGAAAGUUAAAAAAGCAAUUAUUUCUCAAUUAUUUUCCACAGUACACUUAAUAUUUAAAAUCUUGAUCUAAAUUUUAUGGUACAUUGUCAUGUAAAGCCUCAAAGGCAUAUUGGCCACAAAAAAAAAUUGCCAAGAGAAAAAAGAUGAAGAUAGAAUUUCUAUCAACACACAAGAAAGAACCACUGAUGGAAAUACUUUCCUUGGACCGUAUUGUUCAUGAAAUAAUAACCCAUUAAGAACAACGUCAUGAUAAAUAGGAAUUUUAGUCGCCUUUAUUGAAUCCUCAGAUGGAUAUCAAUCUCAAUGGUUCUCCCAGCGACGUAAACAAAAUCGAAUUUUGUCUGGGGGUGUCAGGUAAUUGUAGCAGUUUCUCCAGAAGUCUCCAAACUUCCAAAUCAAGAAUCUAUUGAGUUUUAGAGUUUUAUAAAUACAAAAUAUGUCAGUCCCCGAAUAUUUCCAUCUUGAUUCGCAUGUUUUUGGGGUUUUUUUUACUUUUCUGGUAAGUGUGGCAAGGAAGCGAAGUUUUUCCAAACUUACUUGAUGAAGAAAUACAUACAAUCUACGAUGACAAAUUUACGACUCACUAAUUUGGCAAUUUCAUCUAAUUUGGCAAUUUCAUCUAUUGAACAAGACUAAGUGGAAAAAACUGAUUUCGAUAACAUUAUCGAAAGUUUGCCGGCGAGAAAGCACGUGAGAUUCACUUUUAUUAUCUUUUUUGUAAAAUCCAUUCUUUGCGAAAUAGCUAUGCUUAAAUUAUGAAUGCACUUUAUUUGGCUUUAUUUCAAAAUCAGAAACUUUUUUGUUGUUUUAAAACUUUUUUUUUAGAGGGCAUCAUGAGGAACUGCUGCACAGGGCAUCAAAUACCCUAGCUACGCCACUGGCUAGAUUUUUUACAAAUAAAG